AUGAUAAGAGUUUCCCUGGCAUACAUGAAGUCUCCGCUGCUAUCCACAGUAAUGCCAUUUUCUGUACAACUGUUUGGCACAAUGCAAUGGCGAAAUAGGCCAGUAAUUUUUGCUAGAUUAAUACAGGUAUUAAGUGUAGCAACAGCCGUGCGGCUGAAUGAUGCAAUACUUAAAGUAUCUAGAACAUACACAGCGGACACAACACAUAAUGACGAUGAUGGAUUUCAAGAGUAA